AUGUCGCUCAUGGCUGAAACUGACGGAGGAGCGCCUGGAUCUGACAACCAGGCUACCAGUGAUCAAAAACGGCAUGCGGCGUGUGACGAGUGCCGGAAACGCAAGCUAAAAUGCUCCGGUGAACUAUCAGGCUGCGCUCGUUGUCUUAAACAGUCACUCCAUUGCAACUAUUCCUCGCAAAAACAAAUGGGUCGCCCGCCCAAGAAGAGAGCGCGAACAGACGAUGAGGGGCUUGAACCUACGCCGCCUGGCGAGAUAUGGCCGAGCCCAGAGGACUCGCAACAAUCUUCAGUCGGACCGAGUUUUACCAACGGCGCUUUCCCGGAUUCCGAUCACCUUUGUCCUUUAUUCUUCUGGACGCCUGGCGGGAAUUCGCCACAAUCGCAACCCACCUCGGAUCUAUUACCAGGCGAAGAAGAGCACAACCACGCAUGGCGACCAGACCGUUUAAAACCUGCGAACCUGCCCGUCUUUCCAUCCUCAAGCCCUUGGCCUGACUUUUCUACCGUCUCCGAAGCUACAGCCAUGCCGUUCCCCGUACCAAACCUCCAGGGUAUGGACUCUCUCCCACUCUCCCCUCCAACAUCUGUUUCCUCUGACGGUACCAUAACUGGUUGUACAUGUCUAUCAUACCUCUAUUUAUGCCUCAGUCACAUAUCAUCCCUCGCCUCCUUCCCUGUCAACUCCCACACCCUAUGCUCGCUAUACAUCGCCGCACGAACAGCUCAAGACGUGAUCCGCUGCCAAGAAUGUCCAAAAGUCUUCGCCACAGGCAUGCAAAAUACCAUGUUCGUGGGGACAUUAUUAACCGUUGUUGCGGACGCAUGGCUGCGAGUUUCGAAGGCCGAUGCCGUCGAGCUCGGAAAGCAAUCCGCAUCACCAGAAUACGUGGCUCAGGUACAACAAAGCCCCGAUCCAACACAAGCCUGGAAGAGCUGGCUCCACCAGAUUGUUCGUCGUGCCAUUAUUGGCGGCACUUUGGAUCAUGGUGCUGUAGUUGGUUGUUCUGGCCAGCUUGAUCUAUUGUCUUUGAUCAAAGAGGUCGAGCACCGUCAAUGGCUCAGGCAUCAACCCCACAAUUCACAAUCACCCUGUUCUUCCAGUGCGAUUCAUAAUAUACCACCGGAGUAUGAGCAACAAGAGAAAGAACAUCUCUGUCUUCGUGUGGUUGGGAGCGCCAGGCAUGUAAUAUCCAAGUUCAACUUUGAUCCUAGCGAUUACCCAGAAGGUGUUGAGCCAGUCACUUUCAGAGAUAAGAUGGGUGAAUAA